AUGAGUGCUCCUUCCUUCCACUGUCAGAUAUGCGGUGUAGACAUGGCUAUUGCACGCAUCCGCACGCCCAACGAGCCGCCAAGUGCAGCGUGGAAUAUAGACGGUGCAAACUAUGUUAGCUGGAUGAAGUAUCCGUUUAAUGAUGUGGCGGAGGACGCAGACUGCAAAGGCUGCACGACUAUAGAUCGAACACCGGCUGAUCCCCAGGUUCUUGAGUGGGAUACGCUCCCUAUCUGGCCGGAAGAUGACGACUCCGAUGAUCCUGACUGGAUCCCAGAUGACCAGUCGCAGACGGAUAGUGAACCCCUGGAGUAUGAUUCGGGAGCAGAGAGCGGUUCUGAUGACAGCUCAUCUGAGACAAGAGAAGAUCUCGACGAUACAGAGGAGAUGUACUCUGUUUCCAAUCUAUGCAACCAACCACGACCUGAGAGGUUUCCUCAUGGGACGUGGUACAACAACAAGGUCUUCUACACAGGAGCACGCGAAGAUCCUGUUCUUUGCGAUUUCCCCGAACAAGAUGGGCGCAAAAUACCGCGUGAGCACAUCGCCUCACCAUCAUGCCAGAGCUUACGAGGUAUCAACGGACAUGUGCUGAGUGUGGAGCAAAUGAAGAACUGCCGCAACUUGCGCCUCAUAAUCCCUAAGCAGGCGAACUGGGAACUCGGAGCUGAGGAUGAGCUGCUGGAGAAGGAUAGCUUGUUCUUUCUUUCAGGAGAGACAAACGGUUCAAACGCCGCGCAGGGUAAUCAUUGGGCUGCGUGGCGGUCAUUCUAUCCUACGAGACAUGGAGUGCAGGAGUUGAGGACUUCCUGGGAUUGCGUUAAUAAUGGAGUCAUUGACUCCGACGAAACAUUCCCCAUUGCCGUUCACUCCUACUGUCUUGACAUGUAUGCAAAGACAUCCUUUCGCAAAUUAGGCCAUGCCAACCUUGACGGACUUUGGCAUUGGCGGGAAAUAGAAGAUAACCCGAAUGGGUACGGGAUCAGUCGGAGCAAGAUCCCUGGCUUGGUACCUGAAGUGUCUGGAGCCCGUGACGUAUGGUAUUAUCCAUGGCACCACUUCUCCGGAGAUGAGUGGCUCGUUGCCAAUCCAGUUGAGAUUUCUGGAAUUGGAAAUGCUUUGGAGCUGUGCUUGAAUUUGACAGUCGCCGAAGGAUCUGCCCAAACUCACGCAAAGCUGCUAAAUCUACCCCCCGAGAUGAUGGAUCUGAUCCUCGGGUCACUCAAGCCCUCAGAUUUGAACGCUGUCGCUAAGACCUGUCGAGCAAUGUACCACCUUACUCAGCCCAAGUUCCAAGCACAUGUGCUGAAGAAGAUGAAGUGGCUGUGGGAGAUAUCCGAGGGGAAGCAAUACCCAGAAUCGCCAUGUCAACCUGUGGCUUGGGAUCCUAUUUGCCCUCUGGGAAUCCCACCACCAACCUUUCCAGUCGGCCUAGAAGACGAAACAUUCGAAACACGCCUCUGGGAGGAAAUCAUUGGAGAGUUCCCAGAGAUGGAAGAAGUUGGUACAGCAGUCAGAGCUAUCAACACCCUACGUCGUAACGAGAUCGAAGUACCAUACCAAGACAAGCUGGUAGCUCUAUCGCAAGUAUGGCAUGAUUUCCGCGUCGGUGUACGAGAGUGGAUCGGUAAUACCGCAACCUAUCCUUAUUCGAAAGUCGAUUGGAGACGAACGUGGGUACUGUUCAACCCAAGGACAACUAAAAUGCCCGGCAUACGCAACCGAAAGAGGAUAUGGGAUCGCUGCGAGAGGAUUGUUGAUUGCGUGAGACAGGCGCAUAAAUUUGGACAGAUUGAGAACAAGGCUCAAGAGCUGGCUGCGAAGUUGGCGCAUCCCCACCACCCUGGGUGGUACACUACUGAGGCGGAAACGCGAUGGGAUUGGGGCAAUAUCUAG